AUGAAGAAGCAUGGAGUGAAGCUGACCACGGUGCUCACCACUCACCACCACUGGGAUCGUGCUGGCGGAAACGAGAAGCUGGUCAAGCUGGCGCCUGGGUUGAAGGUGUGCGGGGGUGAUGACCGGAUCAGGGCCCUGACUCACAAGGUCACGCACCUGUCCACACUGCAGGUGGGGUCUCUCCACGCCAAGUGCCAGUCCACGCCGUGCCACACAUCUGGACACAUCUGCUACUUCGUGAACAAGCCCAGCAGCUCCGAGCCGCCUGCGGUGUUCACAGGUGACACCUUGUUUGUGGCUGGCUGUGGGAAGUUCUACGAGGGGACAGCAGAUGAGAUGUAUAGAGCCCUGCUCGAGGUCCUGGGCCGGCUCCCUCCCGACACGAGAGUGUACCGUGGCCACGAGUACACCAUCAACAACCUCAAGUUUGCGCGCCACGUGGAACCCAACAACCCCGCGGUUCAGGAGAAGCUGGCUUGGGCCAAGGAGAAGUACAGCGUCGGUGAGCCCACGGUGCCGUUCACCAUCGCCGAGGAUUUCACCUACAACCCGUUCAUGAGAGUGAGGGAGAAGACGGUGCAGCAGCACGCCGGGGAGACAGAGCCCGUGACCACCUUGAGAGCCAUCCUCCAAGAGAAGGACCAUUUCAAGGUGCCCCGGGACUGA